AAUCGCGGAUCAACAAAACAAGUUUCCCGGUCUCGUCGUGUGUUCACAUUGACAGCGUGUGCUCAGACCGUGAACUGCAAAGAAGGGGUUGAGCUAUAUUUAAACUCAUGAAACGUUUUUCGGAGGUUAUUUAUCUCGUUUUUUAAGCUUUAAAAAUAACCAUGAAGUUCCAGUUGGACACAUUAAUAGAGACUCUGGGAAAGCCUGGGAAAUACCAGCUGGGGAUAUUUUUCCUUCUAGCAUGCAACUAUUUCCCAGUAGUAUUCAACAUUGUCAUUAUGGCUUUCUUUGGUUUUACCCAAAACAUUCAUGUGUUUUCCAACAAAUACAGCAUCAGCAAUGUCAGAAUGAAUGACAGUAGUACUGUGAACAGUUCACUGAGGCCAGUACUUGGAGAGUGUGUUAGUACCUACUAUGUGGCUGGAGGGGUCAAUAAGACUGCCAGUUGUUCUGAUGACCCAGACAGCUACUGGGAGUUUCAAACUGGUGAAACGGAAGCCACUAUUGUGUCAGAGUGGAGUUUGGUCUGUGAAUCUAGAUAUCUUCCAAACUGGCAGCCACGCUUUAUUUUUGCGGUGUGA